AACAGAAGAUAUCGAACGGGUGGUGCGGAUAGCUCGAAUUUUGCUAAAUUAAUUGCCGAAAUUCGCUGUUUAGCGAUGGCUUUGUGAUGUUUAAUAUAUCUGAUGCAAUAUGAUGUAUGAAAAGAUCUAUUUUCAAUGUUUAAACUUCUGAUAAGAUGCUCCUAAAUUGAUGUAACAAUGAACGAUAGCGGUGCCGAAUGCUCUGAAGCCUUAGAUCCUCGAGUGCAGAUAGAACUUGAACGCUUAAACACAGCCACAGAUGAGAUAAACCGUUUAGAAGUUGAGUUGGAUGAGGCAAGACUAGCAUUCCGUCGUCUCCUUGCAGAAGGACAUUUACGUAUUCAGCAGUUGACAAAGAAACUCGGCACCAGCGUGCAUAAAGCAAGGCCUUACUAUGAAGCCAGAUUUAGAGCAAAUAUUACGUCUCAAGAGUUACAAACAGCAACAAUGGCAUAUGACAAGGCUAAUAGUGCGCACGCGGCUGCAAGAGAGAUGGUUUACCUUGCGGAACAAGGACUUGCUAGACUUGCGGAGGGCUCAGAAGGUGGACUUACCCUGGACCCAGCAUGGCAGGAAAUGCUCAACCAUGCUACACAUAGAGUUAACCAGGCUGAGGCAGACCGGGCGGCGGCCACGGUGACACAGCGCACUAAGGCUGCGGCACACCGCGCCGCUGCCACUUUGGUGCAGCAACUGCAAAACGGAUUAAAGCGACAUAUAGCCAAAUCCAGACCGUACUUUGAAGAGAAGGCGCGAAUUAACGCAGCUCUCGAGGCGCAAAAGGCUCGCAUCCAAACGUUAGAGGAGCAAGUUGCGGAAGCGAAACAGCAAUAUUCUUCAGCGUUAAGAAAUCUUGAAAGAAUAUCCGAUGAAAUACAUCGACAUCGGUCAAGGCGACAGUCUACGAGGAAUGAUAUAGAGCGCCUAACGUUCACGGAUACCAAUAGUGAAAACACUAGUGAGAUGGAGGAGCUUUGCGCGUCGAGUACUGACGCGAGUGUACGAGAAUGGUUGCGCCGUGCGGCCGACGCUCAGCGGCCGCGCCCGCACGACUCCGAUACAUGGACGGAGAUAGACCUCGAUUAUUCAAGCCCGGAGGAGAUAAGCUUCGAGAAAUGUUCUCUCCGUCCGCGGUCUACUCCCGAAAAGACUCCAUCGCCGCCCAGUCCUUUAGAGUCUAAAGUAUCAGCCGCGUCUCCGAGACGUAUAAUCCGCGCUGAACGAACACUAAGGAACGAACUGAGGAAUGAACUGAGAGCUGAGCUGCAGAAUGCACGACGACAGAGUUUGGACGCUUUACUUCAUGAUACAGGGGAAAGAGUCAAGGAAAUGUUUCAAGGUCUAUCGUUGUUCGGGGAGCGGCGCGGGUCGGGGUCAGCGCCGCGCACGCCGCGCCGCCGCUCGCCAACCGCGUCCUCCGCCUCAUCCGAUAGACAUUCCGACACGGACAGUCUGCCCAGUGUGGAAAUGUUAACGGACGAUCAAAUAGCGUCGUUAAUGUUGGACGCACAACUGGAGGCGGUGUGCGAGCGGCUGGCCGGCGUCGCCGUGCGCUCCCCGCGCUCGCCGCGCUCGCCGCACUCCCCGCACGUGCCCCACGCGCCCCACACGCCCCACACGCCCGACACUAGAUAUUGAACCUUCAUUACGUAGCGGUAAGGUAGACAUUCGAUUGAUACGCACCACGAUCAAAUUGAUUUAUUUGUGUACUAAAGUAGCAUUUUGAAUCUUAAUGCAAUUGAGUUAAUGUUUAUUUUUGAAUGAAAAUGAAUUUCACAGAUAAUUUAAUCUUUGGCUUUGAAUGUAUAAUAUAUUGAACCUUAUUGCUAUAGUUAUAGGUUAUAAUUUUAAAUGUCACGCGUAAAAAAAUUUGGUGAAGCAAUUUAGUGAAUUGCAAUUGUUUUUUAUUAAGCUAAUGUUGAUUUUAUAAAGUAAUGCGAAUUUGUUUCCUAUUUAUUCGGAAUACGGUUGAAUUUUGAAUACUAAGUGAUAAUUCUAGUACAUUCUAUAAGAAAAUUUAGAAUACUCAAUUCCGUUUUAUUUUUAUUUUGAUAUAAGAAAUUAAUUCAUUAAAUUGUAUGAACAAACCUAGAAAUUCUAAAUGAAUGCAAAAUUCAAGUAUAUUUCUUGAAGUCGUUUAAACAAUUAGUUUUAUUAUAUUUAUUGAUUUUUAAGUAAUAAUUUAGUCUCGAAUGUAGCGUAAUUUUCGUAAUUUUGAACUUUAUCACCACCGCAUAAGUCUCACAAUAAUUACCAC